AUGAGGAACAGAAUUGUGAUGGGAAAUUACCUUCUCUUUCUCUGUUUCUUCAUCUUCAGCUUAGGACUCUUGGAGGCUCAAAAGGCUCCAGCAGUUUAUGUGUUUGGAGACUCACUUGUUGAUGUUGGCAACAACAAUUACUUGAGUUUAUCCAUUGAAAAGGCAAUUCUUCCUCACUAUGGCAUUGAUUUUCCAACUAAGAAACCCACUGGGAGAUUUAGCAAUGGCAAGAAUGCUGCAGAUUUAAUUGCUGAAAAAUUGGGCCUACCCACUUCACCACCUUAUCUCUCUCUACUAUCUAAAGUCCACAACAACAGCAAGAACAUAUCUGUUUUGGGUGGUGUUAACUUUGCCUCAGGAGGUGCUGGAAUAUUUAAUGCCUCAGAUAAAGGUUUUAUGCAAUCAAUUCCUUUGCCAAAGCAAGUGGACUACUACUCACAAGUGCAUGAAAAACUGACACAACAAAUAGGAGCUUCUACUCUUGAGAAACACCUCUCAAAGUCCAUCUUCAUUGUGGUGAUUGGUGGCAACGAUAUCUUUGGUUACUUUGACUCACAGGAUCUUCGAAAGAAAAACACCCCUCAGCAGUAUGCAGAUUCCAUGGCUUCCACAUUAAAAGUGCAACUACAGAGAUUAUACAACAAUGGUGCAAAGAAAUUUGAGAUUGCUGGUGUUGGUGCAAUUGGGUGCUGCCCUGCAUAUAGGCUUAAGAACAAAACAGAAUGUGUUUCUGAAGCCAAUUACUUGUCAGCCAAGUACAAUGAAGCUCUUCAAUCCAUGUUAAAGAAAUGGCAAUUGGAAAAAAGGGACAUAAGUUAUUCCUACUUUGAUACUUAUGCUGCCAUUCAAGAACUCAUUCAGAAUCCAACUUCUUACGGAUUUACUAAUGUAAAAGUUGCUUGUUGUGGACUUGGUGAGCUGAAUGCCCAAAUUCCAUGCCUGCCAAUUUCAAACAUUUGUUCCAACAGACAAGACCAUAUUUUCUGGGAUGCAUUUCACCCUACAGAGGCAGCUGCUAAAAUCUUUGUGGAUGAAAUUUUCAGUGGAACUUCAAAAUUCAUAUCUCCUAUUAAUAUGGAUCAGCUACUGGCUAUCUGA